CCUCACAACUUCACCCAGUUCAACACUGUCUGUGGUUGUGCAGCUGUCCCCAGUCUGCUGCUCGAUAUAUUCCUCAGGGAAAUGGCUGCAUUGAUCAGGAGGAUUAUCAGCACAUCCAGAGCUCCUGCUGCUAUCGGCCCGUACAGCCAAGCAGUGGUGGUAGAUCGGACAGUGUACAUCUCGGGACAGCUGGGCAUGGAUCCUGCCAGUUGUGAGAUGGUGGAAGGUUGUGUUCAGGCUCAGACCAGACAGGCUCUUGAAAAUAUGGGUGAAAUCCUUAAAGCUGCUGGCUGCGGUUAUGAGAAUGUUGUCAAAACCACAGUGCUCCUCGCUGACAUGAACGACUUCACUAAUGUCAACAAUGUUUACAAGCAGUUCUUCAGCAGUAACUACCCAGCCAGAGCUGCCUACCAGGUUGCUGCACUCCCGAGGGGUGGACUGGUUGAGAUUGAAGCAAUUGCUGUUUUGGGCCCUCUGUCCACUGUUUCCUAACAAAAAAUGUAAAAGAAAUCUGGAAGUCCUACAAUGAUAAAAAUAUAUGUGCCUUGCUUUGUAGACCAAGCAAUGGAAUUGAUAAGACAUCAAUCGCAUGUACAUAGUACACAUCGUUUUUAUAAUAGAUCAAUAAAAUGUUCUGUUGUCACAAAUAAAUGUGUGUCGUGGGUCACUUUGCAGACUAUAUGCAGUCAGGCUCAUUGCUGUAUUGAUCUUCUCAGGCAGCAUGUCUCAUCACGAGCCAUACCCAUCAGGUUAUCCUAAUGCCAAAUAAUGGAGGAUCAAAUUUAACUCAAUAAUAUAUGUUUUUAAUGUACUUUCUGGAAAUUUGUACCCUUCAUCUCAAUAUAUACACUUUUUGACUCAGUAAGUGAAUUAUUUUGGGGAUUUGAUACAAUCAUUAGUAUGGGAUUGGUUCUUAUAUUAGCUUACGUGUUUGUGUGUGUUAAUGCCCUCAUGGUUGUACAGGAUAUAAAAUCAUUUUGUACAUGAGAACAGGAUGUUUCAAAGCAUGGUUUAAAAUAGAUUAUAGAUAACUAAAGCUCUUAAACCAUUGUUCUAAUACUAUUUCAUAUUAACGUAUAUGGAGUUGAUCAUAGAUAUUUUUUCAAUCAUUGGGUUGAAAUUACACAAAUAUACUCUAAAUAAAAGUAAAGACCAACAUAAAGUCCAUAAGUGUUACAGUGAGUUAAUGGGUGUGUUGCAUCAUGUCAAACAAAUUGAAGACAAGAGAGGGUGAGGCAGCUUUUAUGCAAAGUAAAUAUCACACAGUCCAACUUCAGUUAAAAAACAACAACACAUGUAUUAGUAAGUAAAACUUUAUUCUGUACACUAAGGGGUUAGCAGAAUCACAGACAGCUCAGAGAAGGAAUACAUAACAGAGGAAGACACAGAUGAAGAUAUACAACAUCUUAACAGACAUUUUUGUUACAAUAGAGUUCUUCACAUCUUAUGCAAUUCAAAUAAUUUCCGAAGACCUUGAUCUACACAGUGUGCAGGGUUUGGAUACAAUGUCCACUAAAUGAUUUCCUACUGUGGUACACAUUCACCUAGAGAAAAAAAUAAAUCAGAGCAAAAACAGUACACCAGAGUUGCCAGGCCUCGAGACAUUUUUAAAUUUUGGAAAUGCCCUUAUUUUUCUGGGAGAUAAUUGUAUGAACGUCUGCCAGGUAUAGUGCAGCUGCACACAUGGCAAGAUGUUAUAUUAAUACCUGGAUUAUCUACAUACUCAACAAUUUGCAUGUGUGUAUUUGUAUUCCCUUACAAAACGCAUUUAUUCAAGCUUUCUCAAUGUAAACUAAAAAAUUAUCGCUUUAUUACUCUGUACACUCAACACUUAGCACUGACAUUUCUAUUAAUCAAAUGAUUAUCAUUAGAAAGGCGGAAAUUAAAAUUGAGUACAAGGGGCAGAUCAUACAUUUCAAAAACAGUACAAAUUCAAUCUGUGAAAAUGCGGUAAUUUUAAAAUCAUGACACUUUGGUGUUACCUCAAUCUCUUUGCACAAUUUCAUUCACAGUUGUGUUUGGCUUUUAUUCCUCAAAAGCAGUUACUUUAAAUGAUCUAAUAAUCAUUCUCGACAGCCUCUGUAGCUAAAGCAGAGUUUGCUUUAGCUACACUGUAUUGCACCGUCCUGUCAUUUUACCUGUGAUUAUUUGCAUACAUAAGCCCACACUUGGCACUUCCGGUCUCAGUUAGAAAACUCACCAUGAAGGUUUAUUAUUUACAAAAGGUAGGAAAAAUCCUGAUCUUUUCCUAUAAGACAAGUUAUUAAGGCACAUUUCAUAUUACUGUAUCUGGUGUAGUUUGGUUUGGUGAGAGCUAAUGAGACAAUCCUGUAAAUGUAGUGUUUGUUUGGUCGCUUUUUCUUUCUUUCCUUCCAGUUCACAUUUAAUUUGUAGGUUAUAGGGAGUUUUCAUUAUUUGGUUGAUUUCAUCCACCUGGAUAAGGAUAAGAAAAUAAGACGAAUGAAACAUCUGACAUUCAGGUCUAUUAUCCAUGUGUCAAAUAUCAGUACCAAAUAAGUGACUUUAUUGUCAUAUAAUUAAAUUAAAAAUACAUUUUCUGUUCAUGCUGCUCUGCAUUAUACAGUAUACUCAUCAGUGAUGGAGGAAGUACAAAAAUAUUUAACUUAGUAAAAGUACAAUUAAAAAGGCAAUAAUGUAAUCAAGUUUAAUUAAAGUACCACUUAAAAGUAGGGAAGUACUUGCUUUUAAAUAUACUUAACUUAAGUAUUAAAAUUAAAUGUAUUUGCAGAGUGUAACCUAUUCCUUAAAUAAUUAACUGUGUCUACUUCAUCUUUUGUUUAAUACAAGCACAGACUCCGUCAUAUUAAUAAAGAAUGCUGCAGAUGAUGCUAGUGAAAACAUUUCAUGUCAUAUUAUUUCAUGGCAGAGUCUGGUGGUGUCCUCUUCCAAACCCAUUUCAAGUGUAUUGUCACUGCUGCUGAAGGAGACCGGGUCUAAUGUUAUCUUACCACUCUGAGUGCAUCAGAAUUCCAUUUCAUAGGUAAACGUUCACAAUGUUUUGUGAAAAUGUAGUGCAAGUUAAGAUAUUUGCCGAUAUAUGUAGUGAAGUAAAAGCAAAAAGUACCUUGAAACAAAGCUACUAAUGUAAAGUACAGAUACAUUAAAAGUGUACAGUAAAUAAAUAAAUGUACUUUGUUACAUCUGAUCCCACCACUGAUUUGCAGUUCUGCAGGGUUACAAAGCAUGUGAUGGCUCCCCUCACACGUCAGUGAGUGAAUUAAUGUGUGUUUCUGAUCCCUCAGUGUUGGCAUUGGAGUUGGUGUGGUUUGUGAUUGUGCACUUACCAACUCAACCUUCUUUGGUGCUCUUGCUCUCUGUAGCUCCUGUUUCAGACACCACUGCGUACACACACAAGAGAGAGAGAGAAAGAGAAAACCAAUAUAUGACAUGAUCAUUUAAAACAAGCCACAUUCUUGCCUUUCAUGCUGAGGCCACUUUGAGCCUCUUUGAAAUCAAACUUGUUGGAAG